AUGGAAGUUGAUGCUUCACUUUUAAACGAUUCGGUUGACUCGAGCAACCGCGACCUCACAUUUGAUGGAUUCACUUUUACUUUCGCAGUCUCACCAGAACUGCGCCUACCUCCCUUACCUCCACAAAUGACGACCGAGUUAGUGGAGUUAUCUCGUAGGAAAGUUGCGUUGGAAGCGUCUAAUCGUCGACAGAGAAUAGUUAAAAGACUAUUCUGUCGUGAUAGUGAUGAUCCCUUGACACAAAAGAGGAGCAUUGGUGGAACGAGUUUAGGAGGACGCAAAGGGUUCGGAAGGGAGAGAUCCAAGUAUGUGAGAUGGAUAUCACUAGAGUCGUUUCCAAAUGAGAUUUUAAUCCAUAUAUGCGAGUUUUGUGAUACGUUAGAGGUGAUCGGACGUGUUAACAGAUUCUUCUACAAGUUAGUACGUAACAAAUUCGUUCUGGCUCGAUGGGGAAUACGUCAGUUGGGCCAUGCGCAAGCUCUUCGCGUGACUACAUCUUACAUGUGGCGAGACAGAGAUGACCACACAGGAGGGCUCGAACUUGUUAAAUACAUGAUUAAUAAUGGAGCUGACAUUUUGUGUGGGGACGAUGGGAUGUGGAUGUUAAAGUUAUUGGAACUAGGCAAGUACCAGCUCUUGGAGUCGGUCCUCAUGCACUACAAAGACAUUUUCUUCCCUGAAGAACCGAAGAAAAAUGAGAAUGAUAAACAGGACGACGAGAAUGGAGACGCACACACAGUUGACAUAGAUGAUAUUGACGAUCUUGACGAAGAGGACGAUUCAGAAACAGAAAUAGACGGAAUCAAGAAAUUUCUUCAAGAGUUGGCGCGUCGUGCCGUGUUCAAGGGUAAUGAAGCUGCCGCCAUUGUCUGUCUUUUAGUUGAUGGCGGAUACAAAUCACAUAAGACUCUUUCAAAGUUUAUCUCUUUGAAUAAUAAGAGCGUGAUCAAUUGCAUACUAAGGAAUCGGAAAGCAAGAAUAAGUCGGGAAGAGUGGAAACUUGCGUGCAAUUUCUUUAGAACUUAUUCAAGCCGCAACGGUGAUUUAGAUAUGAUUCGAUUAUUCAUAUACCAUCGAGUAUUCACCGUAGACGAGCACGGGCGAGUGCCCGAGUACCCGACAUUGCUCGAGGAGGCUAUUCGAUACCAGCAUAUUCACGUUGUGGAUUUUCUCAUACAACAUGGAAUAACAAGUAUAGAACAUCCAUUUGCUACGUUCAAGAGGUUGUUCAGAGCGCCGCCAAAGAAUGGGUACCAUAUGCUUUACCAUUUGCGAUUAAAAGGGUUGAUUUCAGUAAAGCCGCUUCCUGCAAAUUACGCUUUAAACAACUGUACAGAACGUGUGGAAUGGAUAGCAGAUAGACUGCGCGAUUACCCACAUAUGGGAAGUUUACUACGUUAUCUCUUACAACAAGGUGGUACGUGUAUGACCUGCAGCUGGGUCAAUGAACGACAAGAUCCUAUAUUUAGUGAAACGGCGGGUAUAAUGGUGCGUAUUGUGACUUCUGCUUAUGAAGCAGACAUGUUGAAAUGGGAUACUGUUAAUCGUGAUUCAGGAGAGGGGAGAAAUGUAGUCAAAGGAUUGGCACAAGAUGUAGAACUCGAUGUUGAUGGAUCACAAUUCAGGUUUUAUCUAAAGCCAUAUUACUUGCGUCUGCAACUUCCUGGAAAUGUCAUCGAGGAUACUCGCGCCUCAGCACUCUACGAAGUAGAAUCGGGGAAUAUGACAGUCAAACUCCCUAAAGAAACGCCUGGGGAAUAUUUUCCGGAUCUUGAUCUCUUGACAAAAUUAUUAGCUCGUAGUGGCGAACGCGCUAGCUCAAAUGGUGGACAUCUAAUAGAAGUUGUUGGCGAGAACAAUGAUGCAUUAACCGAUGCAGAAAUCGAAGAAGCUAUCGAAUAUUCUUGGGAGCUUCCACAAAAAAUUGUCGACGUUCCAGAAAUACUCCUAAACGCGCAAUAUGGAUUCAAUGGAUCGUAUUCAGGAUACUUCACUCACGUGCAAGAAACAUGUAACGAAAUUAACGAAAUAAUAGAUCCCGAGACGUCAACGCCUUUGUCAAGACGGCAGAAUAGAAUACAAGCAGAGGAUUUGAAGUUUGAUGAAGAUCAUUAUAUCGCAGAUCUAUUAAACAAUGAGCCGAUAUUAAACCUUCUAAAGUAUAAAACGCGUUGGUGGAAAAUCUUAAAGAGAUUACAAAAAACCGACGAUGUGCCAAAAGAUUCGGAGAGUACAAUCAACGAAAAUGAGAAGUUACAUAGUGUGAAAGAUCCCGAGAUGGAAUUCACAUCGCGUGAGCGUGAAAUGAUGCUUAGACUGCCUAACAAAGAAUAUCUUUUAAAUGACGCGAAAGCGAUUUACCUGGGAUUAGUAGAUCUUCUAUAUGCAUACAGCUACAAUCAUAGAUUUACUGAAGGAGAGAAUACCAUCGAAUCAGCUUGGACUAUAGGCAUAAUUAGUCCCACAAUAUCAUCGUCAGAGCAAUUUUCAACAUUAAGGGAGACCGUAAUUGCUCUAUUUCGCCGUUCGUUGUCAUAUCCACUCUACCGAAGUUUCAUACUUUGCGAAAAAGUAUUGCAAGACGUCUAUGUGUUAUUGAAAUUGGGAAGACGUGCAAUUAUAAAAGUACUUUUGGACAUCAAGGAUACAUUCGACAAUCAUGACGUUUAUUAUAUAUAUUCCAAGGUUUGGUUGGAUGACUACUGUGUUUGGUGUAUGAAGGCCAGUGAUAAACACAUAAGAUCUUUGGCACGCGAGUUGCAUCAUUUCAAAAUUGAGAAGGCAGAGAUUGGAUUUGAAUUGGAAAAUCUCGAGCAAAUAUCUCAGGAAGCAGAAAUAUAG